UUAACUUACUAAUAAGUGAUCCACCACACCGUAUUCUUUGUGGACUUUUGUGCUGGUAUCUCAAAUCCAAGUCUAUCUUCCGAGCAUCGCGGCAGCAUGGUGUCUAUACCGGAAAGAAUGUCGUAUCUUCAACUAAGUCACAAGGACCAUAACUUACAUGUCUACAUUUCACUUCUGCUGCUUCGCUGAUACACCAUUCGGCCACUUCUACGAAACUACGCAGCACUUAAACGGUGCUUUGACCCUCGGAUCCUGUACUGCACAUGGACGUGAUUCACUGAGGACCCACUUUUGUGACGGUGAUUUCCUGCCAAGUAUUGCUUUCUGCCCACCUAAUCCUAUCAUGUAUGCCUGACUAAUUUCAUUUUGUGUAUUAACCGCAGGCGUCUGUAGUUGAUAGAUUUAUUCAAUGUUUACGCAAUUUGCGGGAAAAUUAACUAAUAUCAUGGAGCUUGUGUGAACCUAUAUGCUGAUCAUUGUCGUCACCGGCAUCAAACAGGCCAUGUGAGUGUGCGCUAGUCAUAAGUGAUAUCCGUUCUGGUAAAUUAGGUUUCAAUAGCCAAAUUGAAGGAAAUAGGCAGUGUUAUUGCUGCUCACUGUCUCAAACGACUCUCACGGAUUACGCUGCCUUGUGCUACCGAUCAUGUGUCAGAAAUCAGCUUAUGUAACUCGUAGAGAAAAUAUGGCAUUUGUGGCGAUUUGUUUGCCGAGAAUUUGUUACUAUAAAGGAGUCGCAGUAGUUUUGUCCACCCGAAUAACUUCGAGGACAUACUUUAUCUGCGGAUUCACGUUGUUAGAGCUAGCAUUCUGUUUUUUUUGAGCGACAAAACAAUCUCUUUAUCCACGAGUAUUUCUAACGCAACCGGAGAAGAGGUGUCUCUUAAGUGAGUAUCUUAUGUGCACUGAGCAGAGAAAGCCAUACUAGUAGUUCGAUUUCUUGCACGCAUUGCGUGCUGUCGAAUUGCAGUACAAGAUCUAUGUUUGGCCCAGCGCAAACACGCAAACACUAAUCUCAUUCCCAUGUGCGUAUGCACAGCGACAGAACAGCGCGGUUUAACUUACCAGCUACAAGCAGCAUGUCCGCAAUAACGACAUCUGUACCAACGAUGGCAUGCGUUUAUCUAACGGUUCCACAUGCUCGGCAUUUCCGUGCAUUGCAUACAGGCAGGUUUGCAGGAAUGAGUCGGAGUGUAUCGGUUAUUCCCACCGUCAUCGUAUUUACCUAAAACCCAACAGCACCUUAAUAGUCCCAUUGAGUGAGUGAAUUCUCGGCCCGUUGAGUAGUUCGGUAGUAGAAAAUAAUUGGACAGCAUUUUUCAUUUGCUGCGUGCCUUACUUUUCCUGGCUGAUGUGGUUUUGGCAACUUCUCUACUCCUCAGUUGCCUCCUCAACGGUAGUUAACCCUCUUUAUUCCGUUUUUCCAUAAAACCACUACAGUGAUUUUACUCCUUCAUUGUUCAGCCUGCAGUAAUUCUGCUCAUGAUCUCUGAACGCCUUCUUUUACAAUAAUUCUUCAUUUUUUUCGUUUGUUUAUACUCCCCAACGGAGGCAUCCCAUUUCACUCUUGCUAUUUAAUAAACGGUGCUCGCAAUUUCUCCAGUUGGUCCUUGGAGAGUACUUUGACAGAUACUACUCGCUUGCUAAAUGUGGGAACAUGUUUUCUUUGCGCAAUCCAAAUGAACCCACGAAACAUUCCAUUGUUCCGGUUUUUAACCAAAUCUGUUUCGCUAAAGGUAUCCCCAUUUUACGGUGUGAUAAUGGCAAAUCCUGUACAACCUCCAAACACUGGGGUUAGAAUCCGUCCUGUCAUUUUCGAUGCCUUUCCCGCGUCAUAUCAAGAAGAAAUCAUACUUCUGCACAAGUUUUUUGAGGAAAAUGGAUAUGAGCUCCGAUUUUCGGGUGGCGCUGCUCGUGACAUGCUACUGGGCAUACGCAUCACCAAGUUAAAAUUUACAACCACCGCAACUCCCGCACAAAUGAUUAGAAUAUUUCAACGAGAGAACAUCACCAGAUUAGAUCGAAAUCCUGAAUCGCACGGAAGAGUAGCCAUCCGCAUGAACAAUACGCCAACUAUCAAGAUAACAAGCCUAAGAAGAUGCAUUACUCCUGAAGGAAGUUGUGCGGGAUAUGAUUUCACCGACGAAUGGUGGUUGGAGGCGGCUCGGCGGGAUUUCACAGUGAACUCCCUUUUCGUCAGAUUAGACCUGUCCAAUGUGUCGGUUGGGCGUGACGAGCAGAUGGCCUGUGAUGACCGCACAGUCUCGGAGGAUCAACACAGUGAUUCUUCCGUUCAAGGCGAUAUAUACGACUACUUUGGUGGGGUGGAUGAUUUGCUGCAAGGGCGGAUUCGAUUCGUCGGUGACCCAUCCGCCCGCAUUUGUGAGGAUCACCUUAGAAUCCUGCGGUAUUUUCGCUUUCACGGGCGUUUCGCGAAACCACCUGAGCUAGACAUUCACGAUGAUGACAUCCUAAAGGUGAUUUCUGAGAAUGCAUCGGGCUUAUCCGGUAUUGACAGCGCUCGCUGUUGGGCAGAAUUCAAGAGAAUAUUGUGUUUUCCUUCCACUCCCGUGUUGUUGCAACGGAUGUCACAGGCUGGAAUUUUAUCCUAUCUUGGAUUUCCACGGACGGCUUAUCUUACUGAACUGACUUCCGCGUGGAAUCAGGGUAUGCUGAAUUUAAAUCCUAACCCUGUCACUUGCUUGGCCAAACUACUACCAAAUUCCAUCCAGGCCUCUAGAAUUCAAAGACGUCUCAAGUUUUCUCGUCACGAACGAAAACUACUGGCCUACAUCAUAAAAUAUCGUGAUCGAUAUGCUCAAUUCACGAGGAAUAACUCAUUGGAGCCAUUUCAGCGCGAAUUACUGCUCUCCAAUGAACCGCGACGCGAAAUGCGGGACGUGUUGGGAGAGAUGAUGCGUUACUUAAACUACGACGCAGAACUGUUGUCCCGAUGGCAUAACUGGGAGCCACCGGUAUUUCCUGUCACCUGGUCUCAGCUUCACACCAAAUGGUCCAUACCUCAUCAGUCGAUAAACGUUUAUCUGUCGGUAUUACGGCAACAGUGGGUGGACAGUUAUUGCACUCUAAGCAGAGAUCAGCUGUUAUCGAGGGGGAACCUAACUGUAGUGAAGGAAUUGGUCACCCGUGUACAACCGGAGCCGGUCCGCUGACAGUAGAACUAUCAUCCGACUUCGAUGUUUUAUCCUUACACCGUUUUACCCAAGUUUCAGUUUUAUGCAUACCAACGCUUUUGAUGUUUCCUUUUUUAAUACAGCUUCCGUGCAUGC